AUGAAUCCAAGAUCUCAAGGUUCCGUGCCUAAAGUCACAAAUACACAGGAUGCAUCGUCCCCCACCCCAUCAUCAAAUCCGAGUCCUAUAAUAUCACCGCUUAUUAGCCUACCUUCGUCAUCCACAGGUUCUCAUUCACCAAGCCCACGACUUCCUGAAAGUGAUACAGAUCAGCUUCCUCCACCUCCGCGGACACCGAUGGCCUGGAUGUGGAAAUGUCACUUGUGUUGUUCCAAAUACCCGCUUGGGGUGACUAGUCGCUGUCUCAUCGAUGGGCACUGCUAUUGCUCCGGACGCCCCACAGACAGGAAUAAACAGCAAGGGCAGAUAUCAUGUACAUCUAAUUUUGAUUAUGUCGGCUGGAAAUCGAUGGUCGGUUGGCAGAAACAGGUAAGGCGUGCGUCUGAUAAUGAGGGGAUUCGGGAGCACGGAUGUUGGGCAGACUGUACAUUCCCAACUUCGUGUCGACAUACCCUGCGGUUCUUGAAGUUAAGAUGUCCGCGGGUAGUCGAAAAGAACCAUAAUGGCUGUAGCGAUGAAGCAACUUCGCGUAUGCAGAGCGAUACUGCCCCUGCAUCAUCUUUCCUUUCGGGAAGUGAGGCAGAGAAUAAAGAUAGAACAAGAGCGAAAAGACCAUUGCCAGAGGCAGAGGAUUCCCCUUCAGAUGCUCCAUCUCGACAACGUCGAAAACUCACCAAAGACGAGCAACAGCCCUAA